UGUGGAGAUGGCGGCGGCGGCGCUGCGCUGUCGGAGGGACCCGUGCGGGUUCAUGUGUCUCAUCCUCACCUACUGCAGUGUGUUUUACUCUGAUUACGUGGUGGUUCAGUACGUGUUGAUCCCGGUGUAUUCCGGAAGUGUGUGGUGUUCUCUCCACGGCUCCGUGUUUAAUCUCAUUCUGCUGCUGCUGCUGGUGUGUCACUGUAAAGCCGUGUUCUCUGACCCAGGUAUGGUUCCUCUUCCUGAGACGGCCAUCGAUUUCUCAGACUUGAGGUCUCAGUCCAGUCGCGUGAGUGACCGGGGCUGUGAGGGCUGGACGGUGUGCAGUCGCUGUGAGACGUUCCGUCCUCCUCGAGCACAUCACUGUCGAGUGUGUCAGCGCUGCAUCAGACGCAUGGACCACCACUGCCCCUGGAUCAAUAAUUGUGUCGGCGAGCUGAACCAGAAGUACUUCAUCCAGUUCCUCUUUUAUACCGGCGUGGCCAGUCUGUACUCCAUGGCCCUGGUGGUGUCUGCAUGGGUGUGGCGGAUACGCAGUGAAAGAGACGGAGACGGAGAGAAAGAAGGAGACGACGUUCCCAGCAAACAUCUAAUAGUGGCGCAUUACAUCAUCUUGUUAGUGGAAUCCGUCCUGUUUGGUGUUUUUGUCCUGGUGAUAUUUUAUGAUCAGCUGGUGUCCAUUAUCACAGACGAGACGCCGAUCGAGCAGAUGAGAAACAGGCUGAUGAAGGACAGAGCGGACAGCAGACAGUCAGCGCACACGACACACACACACACACGCAAACCCAAAGCGGCGCUGCUGAGGGCGGUGUUUGGGAGAGGGUCUGUGCUGUGUUGGCUGUUACCGUUACACUCCUCUCCCCCGUCCGCUGGAGGAAUCGGUUACACACCUGUUCCUGAUUACGAUGUGUGAAGAACACCGACGUCACAUCACUUUACACUUCAGAUGAAGGAUGUGUGUAAAGUGGAGCACUGUGUGUUCUGUAGUGGCUCUUAUUCCAUGUAUCACAUUUGUUUUUUUCUCUUUCAUCCUUCUUUCAGCUGUACGACAUCUUUCCCUUUCAUCGUGUCGUCUCAAUGGUUUACUGUCACAAAUAAGACAAACACAUAAAUAUUAAGAUCUGAUUAAUCCAGACAGUUCAGUAAUGACAAACUAAUCAUAAAUCUGUUCCUCACUCAUGUCUGGUGUGUAUGAGAACAGGUGGGUUUAAUGCAUGAAAAUGCAUCUCUUAGCUUCUCAUGUUUUUACUUUUUGCCAAUAACGCUAAAUAAUUUAACAUCAACAGUAUAAUAUACUUGAAUAUAGAGCUUGAGAAAGUUUCAGAAGUUGUAUUUGUUUAAAUACAGUAGAAGAAGAAGCAGCAGUAUUGAAGACCAACACUGUGGUAUUUAAACCAGAGCUGUAGUGGAAUCACAUCACUGUCGCGUCACUACAAUGUUCAAGACCCACUGAACAUCACAUCCGACUUGCACUGAAACUGUGUGUCUUUCCUUUGUGAAUGGUAAUUUUUAUCUAUUUAUCUAUUUAUCUAUUUAUUUAUUUUGACUCUGUGACCUGUCAGUCACCUGGUUUUAAGUCUGUUGGUGUUUGUAGGUUUUAAAUGUAUUUUAUAGCAUUUGAUGCAGGGAAAGUGUUUACAGUAUGUUCAGGGUUCUGUUCCGGCUUCAGUAACAUGCUUUUCUGUAAUUUGACAGAUUGAAGGAUGCGUGUUUAUGUACGAUGUUUACACUGAUAUUUAUUGUUCUUUAACUGUCUAAAUGCUGCUGAAUUAAAGUAAAAGACAUCUUUUAAUA